AUGCGGGUGGCGGCGGAGCCGGGGGCGCGCCCGGGCGCGGCGACAGCGACAGCCCCGGCGGGCAGCGGCCCGUGGCUGCUGGCGCUGGCGGCACCGCUGGCGCUGCUGCUGGCGCUGGUGGUGCGGCAGCUGCUGAAGCAGCGGCGGCCGCCCGGCUUCCCACCCGGCCCCGCGGGGCUGCCGCUGCUCGGCAACAUCCCCGCGCUGGGCGCCGAGCAGCCGCACGUCUACCUGCGGCGGCAGAGCCUGAUCCACGGGCAGAUCUUCAGCCUUGACCUCGGGGGAAUAUCUGCCGUUGUGCUAAAUGGCUACGAUGCAGUGAAGGAAUGCCUUGUCCACCAAAGUGAAAUUUUUGCAGACAGGCCAUCUCUUCCCUUGUUCAAGAAACUGACAAACAUGGGAGGCUUACUGAACAGUAAAUAUGGCAGAGGAUGGACAGAACACCGCAAAUUAGCUGUAAAUACCUUUCGAGUUUUUGGAUAUGGCCAAAAGUCCUUUGAACACAAAAUUUCAGAAGAAUCUCUGUUUUUUCUUGAGGCCAUUGAUACAUACAAAGGCAGACCCCUUGACCUUAAGCACUUGAUAACAAAUGCUGUUUCAAACAUUACUAAUUUGAUUAUUUUUGGAGAACGUUUCACAUACGAAGAUACUGAAUUUCAGCACAUGAUUGAGAUUUUUAGUGAAAACAUUGAAUUAGCUGCUAGUGCUUCUGUAUUUUUAUAUAAUGCUUUUCCUUGGAUUGGUAUCUUGCCAUUUGGGAAACACCAGCAGCUGUUCAAAAAUGCAGCUGAAGUCUAUGAGUUUCUUCAUGAGCUUAUUGAACGUGUCUCUGAAAAUAGGAAGCCUCAAUCACCUCGACAUUUCGUAGAUGCAUAUUUAGAUGAGAUGGAUUGCAAUGGAAACGACCCAGAAUCUACAUAUUCAAGAGAAAAUUUAAUUUUCUCCGUUGGAGAGCUCAUCAUAGCUGGGACAGAAACCACAACAAAUGUUUUAAGAUGGGCAGUGUUAUUUAUGGCUCUUUAUCCAAACAUUCAAGGGCAAGUUCAGAAAGAAAUUGAUGCUGUCAUUGGCCCAAACAAAAUGCCCACCCUGGAGGAGAAGUGCAAGAUGCCCUACACUGAGGCUGUUCUGCACGAGGUGCUGAGGUUCUGUAACAUUGUCCCGCUGGGGAUUUUCCAUGCAACUUCCAAGGACACUGUUGUGCGUGGCUACACCAUUCCUGGAGGCACCACAGUCAUUACCAACCUCUACUCUGUUCACUUUGAUGAAAAAUACUGGAGCAAUCCAGAAGUGUUUUUUCCUGAGAGGUUUUUGGACAGUAAUGGGCAGUUUGUCAAGAAAGAUGCGUUUAUUCCUUUUUCCCUAGGAAGAAGACAUUGCCUUGGAGAACAGCUGGCUCGAAUGGAGAUGUUCAUUUUCUUCACCUCGCUGCUGCAGAGAUUCCACCUGCACUUCCCCCACGGCGUGAUCCCGGAGCUGAAGCCCAGGCUGGGGAUGACGCUGCAGCCGCAGCCGUACCUGGUGUGCGCCCAGAGGCGCUGAAGGGCAGCCCAGUGCCCCGAGCUGCACCUCAGGAUCCACUUUGCCUAUUCCUAAACCUGUUCAAGCCAGAAUAACAACAAUUUAAAGGACUGUUAGUUUCUUUUUUACUUGGUUUUCACAGAAAAAAAACCCAACUAAACCAAAGGUGUGGAACACAUCCCGAUGUUUUCACUCCAGAAGACUGUGUUGACUCUAACUUCUGAGACAGAUUUUAAAUAUUUAAUUACUUAACAAGCCAUUGUACUUUGAGAGGGUAUUUUCAUAAGCAUGGAGAAUAUGGUUCAAGAUGUUUAUGCUUGAAUUCAUCCAUGGAAAUAUAAUAUACAUUAUUCCAGCUAAGCCAUUCUUUGUAAUUAUCCAUUAAAUUUUCAUUAACAAGGGAUUUUAAAAGGUAUCUAUUUAAAUACCUGUAACCAAGAAUAAAAUAUA